CUGUUGGUGUUUUACAUGGUGUUACAUUGGCAGAUCCUCAAGCUGCUGAUGGGGAAGGUGGUGAUUGGUCACGCCAUCCACAAUGACUUCAAGGUCCUCGGCUACUCGCAUCCCAAGGCCUUGACCAGAGACACGUCGCGGAUCCCUCUGCUCAACCUGAAGGCCGGCUUUGCUGAGAGCGAGUGUGCGUCACUGAAGAGACUCACCAAAGCCAUUUUUAACCGUGACAUCCAGACGGGGAGGAAGGGCCACUCGUCUGUGGAGGACGCUCGAGCCACCAUGGAGCUGUACAAGGUGGUGGAGGAGGAGUGGGAGGGGACACUCGCCUCCAAACCGCAGGGCAGAUAACGAGUGGUGCGACGGUGCCGGCCCAGGUCAUGUGAACAUGAGCGUGGGUGAACGAACCACGUUCUACGUGACCAUGGCUGACCCUUCUUUAUCAUCCCAGGGAUUUUAAGUGUCCUUGACCUCGUGUGGAGAAAGACCACAGCAACACCUGAACUCAUGAGCAGCUGGACAAAGCUCCACCAGCUGCCUGCAGGUAAAACUCUGACAUUAUCCCGGGAGAAGGAGGAGGACAUAAACCACUGCUGGAUCACACACUUUGCCUUGACCUUUUAUUAUUAUUGUUGUUAUUCUAACAGUUAACAGGGCUGUCACUUUAAAAUCAAAAAAAAUAAUAAUCAAGAUUGCAUACAUUUCAACAUGACAGUUUUUAUUUUUUAGGGCUGUAGUUAAUUUAAUUAUUUUCAACACCGAUUACUCAACUGUCAACUCAUCGGUUUGAGUGUGGGUUUUUAAUUAUUACCCUAAUAUAGAAUUAGAUUAGUGUCAACAUUUUCAAACAACUCUUUAAGAAGAAAAUAAAAUAUCAAUUUAAUCAAGCAAUAUUGUAUUUUAUUGGUUGAAAAUACACUUGUUCUUUGCGCCCCAUGAUUUGUUUUUUGCGUCAUGGUUCUUUGUUUGUGGGCGGGUCUAAGGAAGCUGUCUGAGUUCCAGACGGACAGCGACUCCAAGCCUGUGACAUUUUCCCACAAACAAAAAACCACUGUGCAAGUGAGGGAGCCUAAUGACAAGUGUAUUUUCAAACAAUAAAAUACAAUAUUUUUGAAUCAUUAAAUCGACAUUUGACUUACCUUUUAAAAACUGUUCAAAUCUAAUUCCAGACCCUCACUGCCACGAGAAUAAUACACACACACAUCGUGUGUGUGUGUGUUCAUAUGUCACAUCUGUACAAAAUGUGUGUUUUCGUCAUAUUAUGUGUUGUCGAGUCAAAUUUAUGAUUAAUUUUUACGUCGCAUGUUUAAAAAAAAAGAAAGAAAAGAAACGGGAGUUGUGUUUAUUGUUCAGAAGUGUCACAAAAUAGAGUUUUUAUUCUAUUUUUGUUCAUAACAACAAGCCAAGUGAACUUUGAGCUGUGACGUGUUUCACAAAUUACACCAAUUCAGUCCAAUUUUUAAGAUUUUGAGUACCUCCUUUUUUUUUACUCUGGUGUGUUUAUAAAAAGAAAUUUCAUCAGAUUGUCCAUAGGCUGAUAAACAGAUAAACAGGAUUUUAAACGUCCAUUUUUAAUCCAGAUCUAGAUACAUGUGAUGUUUAACCGAGCACCGUGUUUUAAACGCUGCGUUUUUUAAAGUUACCGCCUCAACGCAAACCGUUUUUAUGCCCCACAAAAAAAAGAGUGACAGCCCUCAUAGGUUACUUCUCUCUCAGGAAAUGGUUGAAUAGUUGAAAUGGUGCUCCUGCCACCAGGGGGCAGUCAUUUAUUCACUCAUGCAAUGAAAAGCUCACCAGUGCAACAGCAGCUGUGAAAGCAAACACCAAAGGUCACAUUUUUAUUGUGUUUUUUUUUGACAUUUUAUACAGAGACUGGACGUCAUGGUCGCUCACGCUGUUCCACUGAACUGUGUCUGAGUGUCACCAUGACGACAGAUGCAACAAAAAACAGUACCUGACUUUUGUUUAUAGUUGUAGUUCAACAUUAAAAAUAACUUCCUCUCUGAAA